AUGCAAGUGUUGCGGCCCGAUCUCUUGUCCUGCCUGUUCCUGGCUCCGCCGUGCGGCCGAGAGUCUCUCCCUCGAAGGCCUCCGAGAGGGCGCCAGAAGGAGAGCCCGGGGAGCGGCCCGAGGGGCGCGGCUGCACGCCGCCUCCCUCCCCCCCUGCAGCAGAGCGUGGGGCUGGCGCCUCGGCCUGGCGGCCUGGGCCGCCCCUGCAGGGCCCCGGGUGCCCCCCCGGCCGCCGCCGUCCGCCGCCGCCGCGGUCGUCGCCGCCGUCGUCGCCGCGGCCGGCGUCGCCAGUGCGAGCGCUCUGGGCUUCUCCCGCGUCGGUCCGCCCCAAAGGACUACGUGCCUCUGGCCGGCGGCUACGGCCACGGCUCAAGCACGAUCUCGGCCUGGAUCUCGCGCAACAUCAACCGCGACAUGCGCAGCGGCAAGGUGAACUACCCGCCUGCGUUCGGGGAGCCGCCCUUUCAAGCGACAAGGGAUCUUGUGAUGCUGCCGUUCGGUUACGGACGUGGCUCGGGGACCACUGCGAGGUGGCUUAAGGAGAAGGCCCUUGGGUGGGGCACCACUGGUAUGGCGCAGGGGUAG